GUCACUUAUUACUUUUUUUAAAAUAACUUAUAAAGUGUAUUGUUUAUAAAUAAUCGUAUAAAAUUGCCACAAAACGCGCAAACAAGUAAUAUAACAUACGUAAAAUCAGUGUGCACAAAUAGGAACUGAGAAAAGGUCUUCUGCAAAGCGGAUCUCAAAUUUUGAACGUGCAGAAAUGGACGCCGACGUCAAACAGAAAUUAAACGCAGCAUUCCAGCACCCUUAUCCCCUAUUCCAACAUAUUACAAAGUUGAGCAAAGAUAUUUACUACUCGGAUAAAUACUAUGAUGUGAAAUUUGAGUACAGACAUGUGGUCUUGCCGAAAAAACUUGUAAAGCUGGUGCGCAAAUCGCAUCUGAUGACAGAAUCCGAAUGGAGAUCAAUCGGUGUGCAUCAGUCGCGCGGCUGGAUACACUAUAUGAUACACAAGCCAGAGCCGCACAUUUUGCUAUUUCGGCGUCGCAAAACGGAGGAGUAGGCGUACAAAAACACUCCCGGCACAUACACACACACACACAAAUACAUGCAUACACAUUCACAACACAUCUUACAUAUACGUAUAAGCAUACAUGGAAGCGUUCCAGCUGACCCGACGGCGCAGCUGCUUCUGCGACUGCGCAAAUAGUGGUAGCUGCACAACUGUUGCGGU